CGGCGGGGGAAGAGGAGUCAGGCACCAGUCCAUCCGUCCCUCAGACAAACAUUAAGCCGCGGGGGGAAGAGGAGUCGGUGAGGAAGGAAGGAGGCGGAAGGUGGUGCUCCUCGCCAUCCUCGGGUCGGCGGCAGAUGCCUCGGCGGGGGAGCGUCGCAGCGCCUGAGGUGAAGGAAGAUAAUGGGGGGGACGUAACAAUGGGCGAGGAGAAAUAACUUAAUGCACUCGGCGCUCGCUACUCAAGGGGUCAGCAACGAACACUGCUUGGGUACUACAGGCGGAGAACACAGGGUAAAGAGUAACGUUAAGGAGGACCAAAGAGAGAAGUUAAAGAGCUCGGAACGCUAAAUAAAAGAGACGAAGAUAAAGGGAGAGUGAAGAAUACCGCUUUAGACCUACAAAGUGGAGACAGGGUAAAAAACUAUAACGUUAAAGAGGACGGCGAGGUGAAUAGAAGAGAGAAAGGAAGGGCGAAGCUGGAGGAGGGUAGAAGCGUGAAGCCCAUUGUUCGCCGUGAGGGUGAGUAGCAGCAGCGGUAGCAGGCGGAGGUGAUGAGCGCCGGGGUGUGGCGGGGGAGGCUGCCGCGGUGUUGAGGCGAGGCUUGGUGGUGGUGCUGAGGCGGCGGUGGUGCACGACGAUGGCCUCCGCGCACUGCUGCCCCGCGCCCUGAAGUACCGAGACACAGCAUGGCGCCGCAGGACUCCCACGACCCCCUGCUGAAGGAGGCCACCCACGCAGGCCGCCCCGACGCUCCCUACUCUUCCCUCGCCUCCUCCUCCUUGUCCUCUUCUCCAUUCCCCCUCACGCCCCCUGUCAGAGACUCCUGCGACGGGGAUUUUUCUGACACCUGCUCGGAAAGGGGACUUAGCGGAGCCCCGUGUGGUGAAUGUUUGAUGGGGACCGCCGAGGCCUUGACACCCGCGGCCUCGACCUCUGUGACCUCGCCGUUUGUGGUCUCGAUUGCCGCCUUGCCACCUGAGAUCUCGAACACUGGGGCUUCACCCUCCGUGACCUCGCUGUCUGUGGCCUCGAUUUCAGUGUCCUCGACCACUGUGGCCUCGCUGUGUGUGACCUUGACCGCUGUGGCGUCGCCCUCCGUGGCCUCGAUCUUGGUGCACUCGGCAGCGUCCUCGCCCUGCACGCUGCUCGGGGACUUGGCUCGCGUCGCCGCCUCCCCGAUGAAGACUCUUGGGCCAGCUUUAACCAGCAAGGAGGAGGCGACGGCGAGGCGCGACACAAGGGAGGCGUGGCCGAGCGGGCGCUGCGCCCCCCGGUGUCGAAUGAGUCUCGGGGGUGCCAGCCGUUCCCCCCUGGCGGCACUCCUGCUGCUGCUUCACUCCUUCCUCCUGCUCAGCCUGCUGCCCCACGCCGCUGCCUUCGAUAUAGGUGAGUAGACGCUUUUUUUGUCUUGUUUUAUCCUGUACUAGGGGAAGGGCGUGCAAGGGAGUGGAGGAACGGAGAG